GUGCGGACAAAGGUGUUUCUUGUCGGAGGGUAUAUCUCACCGAAAACAUCGUGAAGAUCAGUGAUGCAUUAGUCGGAUAGACUGUUCUUGCCUCGAGAAAGACAUGUUGUGACUGGGAAAGACAGAUGCGGGUUGUUUGCAUGGUAGGAUGAUGGGGAGUGACCGUGUCCUUUACAAGAGACAGAGCCAUGAUGGGGUGAGUUGCCACCAGGUGAGCUAGACCCUGGCCACAGACCACCCUCCUCAUCAGUUCCUCCUCCUUCUCAUCAUCCUCACCAUGGUCCAUACGAAGCUGCCACACGAGAUGGCCACCAGCAUGGAGAGGAUUCAUGUACAGGAAGUGUACGAGCAAAUUGCGCCACAUUUCGCUGACCUCAAACAGAAAGCCUGGCCGAAGGUGAAACACUUCCUGAAGAACCUUGAACCUGGAUCUCUGGUAGCUGAUGUUGGUUGUGGAAAUGGCCGCUAUUUAAGGAUCAACAGCUCCAUAUACAAAAUUGGGUCUGAUGUCUGUCAGCCCCUUGUGCAGCAUGCAAAUCGUCAAGGUCACGAGGUCAUAACUGCAGACAACCUUCACCUUCCAUACCGAGAUGGCAUUUUCGAUGCUGUUGUCUCAAUAGGAGUGAUUCAUCAUUUCUCUUCUCACAACAGACGUGUUCAAGCUUUAAAAGAGUUGACAAGAGUUCUCUCCCCUGGAGGCAAGCUGAUGGUGUAUGUUUGGGCCUUCGAACAGAAGCACAGAAGGUUUGAGAGCCAGGAUGUGUUGGUCCCCUGGCACAAACCCUGCCACCCCUCCCACCGCACAUACAGAGGGUCCAGCUCGGACAUUGACCACUCCAGUAACAGUUCCGUCAGUGACGAUGACACCUCCUCUCUCAGCAGCUUCACCCACUGCCAAGAUAGUCCCCCUGACGACCUGUCAGGAUUCUCAAACAGGAUCAAGUCCUUAGAGGAUUUCCGCCAGCCUUCAGACGAUGUUUUUGAAAUGGAGGAUGAGGGACGUCUGCAAUCAUCUCGAAGCGGAUGCUCCCUUGACCAACUCACCCUAGUCCAAGAGUGUCGUCGUCUUGAAGCCUGCCUGAAGGAAUUGUCAGAAAAACAGAUCUCAACAAGUGAACUUAACCUCUCAAAGGGCACUGUCCCCAUGUUGUUCAAUUACAGAACAAAGUCUCAUGCUGGAGUAGAGACAUCGGAUGCAGAAGCCACCUUUCAUCCUCCAAAGGACGUCAGUGAUUCAUUGUCUCCCUGUCAGUUUGACAGAGUGCCUUGUUAUUUGCCCUGCACUACAUCUAGGAGUGCCUCGGAGACACCAAAACGUCUUCAACUUGGUCACAUAGAUUCAGCAACCAAACAUAUCAGUCACAUAUCGAAAUACAACUGUAGCCAUCAUAUGACAGAACAUGCCAGCGUCAGACUAAAUAUUUUCCAGAAACUUCGACUCAGUUUUCAAGGCUUUAUGUCCAAGAAAGAUGAAAAAAACUGCCUUCAGGAUAGUUCAUCCGUAUGUCCUAAAUGUAGUUCUGAUCUCCCAGAGUUCUUUGCUGUUCGGGAAUUUCCCAUGAGCAGCCUCAGGCCUGAACAGCCAGAACAAAAUGGACAGGGUUACACUAGUCAAAAUGGUGUCAAGCUGAGGAUGAAGAGAAAUAUCUCUGAUAUGUCAGAGUGUAUGAAACUGACGAAAAAGGACAAACAGAAGGAAUGUUUCCUGAAAUCCCGAUCCCCAUCAGCAAGGUCACUGCCUCUGGAACUGGACUCUGCUGAUGCUACCCAUUCCUCCUCCUACAGCAGACCAAGGGUGAAGAGUUUAGGCAGUCAGCAUCAAGAGACUUGUGUAAAAACUUCUGACAAAAUCACCAAAAAAGGAUGUGAAAAGAUGAAACUGAAACUAAACGGGCUUCAGAAAGGACAGUCCCGAUCUCAAGGUGACUUGUUCCAGAUGAAGAUGAGGAAGAACAAGAAAUCUGAAGCUACUCUUGCCGCUGCACCUAGCCACAGCAUUGACUACAACGACCUGGAUCAGCCUGUUGCUUCUACUCAAGGCAGAGGCUCUUCCAGACAAGUCUCCGAGGGGACUUCUUCAGACAGCUGUCUGCCAUCGCCUGGCAGCUCCAGUCAGACACCCACCAACACAGACCUGUGUCGCUUCUAUCAUGUGUUCAAGGAGGGCGAGCUGGUGGAUAUUGUUAAGGACAACAUCGAAGAUCUACAUAUCAUUGACACCUACUUUGAUCAUGCCAACUGGUGCCUCGUAGCUGAGAAAGUUAAAAUAUGGAAGAUUUGAUCUCACUGUUUCUUAGAAGAACUGACGGUAGCUGAAGUAUUUAAACUGAACUUGCAUGAGACGAAAGUUUCAGUCUAGUGUAGACAGGUGUCGAUACUAGUCAGAGUCAAAUACAAAUCCCUUGAUAAAUCAACAUCAUGCAUUAAAGAACAACUGAAAUGUUGAUGUAUGCCUAUUUCAUGUAUACCAAGAGACAGAAGUUACUGUGAUCAUAUGAAUUCUUUGAUAAUUUUAAAUUAAUAACACUUACGGAGAUAAAUUAUUAAAGCACAUAAAUAUUUGCUCAGGAAGAAUUUCAAUUUUGAAACUUUAAUUUUCAAGUUUGACAAUUUUGUUAAUUUUGUUUUGAUUUACAGGAUUUUUAUAAAUCCAAUAUAAAAAAGAAUGUGAUGACAAAAACUUGUAGUUUGUAGUAGAUUAUAGUUUCAUUUACAUAUGUCCUGAUUGCCAUCAAUGUUGUAUUAGAAGACAUGUUGGUGUGAGUUCAUCGCUGCACAUGUUAAAACAGCCAAAUACACAUCUUAGAUGUGAUUAUUCUACAAUGGGAGAUCUCCAUGAGGGAAUGUCAAUUAUUCCUACAGUGUUUGUUAGGCAAGACUCCUCAAUAAUAAAUGAUUAAUUUAAAUGAGAAAUGCUCUAAAUUGAUUUGUUCUAAAACUAGAUCCAUACAGAAAUUUUAGCACUAAGACUUCAUAUCUCCGAUACUUUAAGAUAGACUUAAUAUGGUAAGAUAACUGAUAUUGCAUACUUUGUACAGAGUUAUGACAAUAGUAAUGCUAAAGUGAUAUAACAUUCAUACUUAAACACACACACACACACACACACUGCUUGUCAUUGUGCCACAAGGAUUUGUGUAAACCUGCAUAGAGGAUUAUAUUUGGCCCAAAUUCUACAGCACAUAAAUAAAAAAUUCUCUCUUUGAACUAAAAAUUUCCAAAUUUAUCACAAUUAAUGUCAAUAAGGACAUUAGAACAAAUAAAAUUUUGACCAAUAUCACGAUUUUCUCACAGUUUCUCACCCAAAGGCAAUUGGUUUGGAAUCUAUGGUAAAUUUAUGGGCUAAGAUAUUUGGGACUUCCAUACCUUAACAUAGACUAAAAACAGUAGAAGUACUAAGAUCGCUGUGUGCAAGGCGGCCCUCAUUCAGACUGUUACCUGUUACAGAAAGUGCGUUUCUGAUAGAAUCCACUGUACUCAAAGUACACAGGUUAUUGUGACAUGUUUGAUAUUAAAAACAUUCAUUAAAAAUAAUCUUCUGUGCACACGUCUGAGCUGUUGCUGUGCAUGAAUCUAUUUUUUCUCAUAGUUUGGUUAUUUGGGAAGUUUUAUGUACAUCUUGCAUGACUGGUGAAUACUGAUGAGAGGUAAUCAACCGGCUACUGUUUCAGUAGACGUACUUCGUAGCUGUAGGCAGGCAACAGCAUUGAAUAGAGAUCUGAAACAUGUUGAUAAUGUUUGACAGUCUGUACUGUAUAUCCUUGCCUACAUGAUGAAAUAGAGAUCUGAAACAUGUUGAUAGUGUUUGACAAUCUGCACUGAAUAUCCU